AUGGCCAGUGCCCACACACCCCUGCCCACCCACUGCCGGGCCCCAUCUUCAUCGGGCCUGCACUCAGACCUGGACUUCCCAGGCCGAGGCCUCACCAACCCCGCAUCUUCCUGCUACCUUCUGGGCAGUGAACCCAUCUCAGGCCUGGGUCCCCAGCCGGAGGCCCACCUCCCUGAAGGCAGCCUGAAGCACUGCUGCCUCCUGGGCCUGCCCCCCGCCUCUUCAGCCUCCCCCUCCCCCUGUGCCUCCUCCGACGUCAGUCCUGCCAUCCACUCCUCCCAGACGGCUCUUGUCAGUUGUGUAAAUGGACUCCGAAACCCACCUCUGCCAGGAGACCUGGGCCCCCCUCCCAAGCGAUCUCGGCCUGGGCCUGGGCCUGGGCCUGCAUCCGGUGACAGCCACGAGGGCGGCUUGCAGCUUGAAGCGUGCCGGAAGUCAGGCUUCCUGAAGCAGGAGCCCGUGGACGAGUUCUCGGAGCUCUUCGCCCCUCACCAGCAGGGCUUGCCGCCCCCCUACCCCCUGCCUCAGUUGCCGGCUGGCCCCAGCCUUGGCGGCCUAGGGCUCAGCCUGGCAGGCAGGAUGGCGGCCGGGAGGCAGGCGUGCCGCUGGGUGGACUGCUGCGCGGCCUACGAGCAGCAGGAGGAGCUGGUGCGGCACAUCGAGAAGAGCCACAUCGACCAGCGCAAGGGCGAAGACUUCACCUGCUUCUGGGCGGGCUGUGUGCGGCGAUACAAGCCCUUCAACGCCCGCUACAAGCUGCUCAUCCACAUGAGGGUGCACUCGGGCGAGAAACCCAACAAGUGCAUGUUUGAAGGCUGCAGCAAAGCCUUCUCCCGCCUGGAGAACCUGAAGAUCCACCUGCGGAGCCACACGGGCGAGAAGCCGUACCUGUGCCAGCACCCAGGCUGCCAGAAGGCCUUCAGCAACUCCAGCGACCGUGCCAAGCACCAGCGUACCCACCUCGACACGAAGCCAUAUGCUUGCCAGAUCCCCGGCUGCUCCAAGCGCUACACGGACCCCAGCUCCCUCCGCAAGCACGUGAAGGCCCACUCGGCCAAAGAGCAGCAGGUGCGUAAGAAGCUGCACACGGGUGCCGACGCAGAGGCUGACGUUCUGUCCGAGUGCCUGGCACUGCAGCAACUCCACGCAGCCACACCUUUGCCUGCCAGCAGGGGGAAGGGCGGCCAAACCCUGAGCCAGGAGCUACUCCCAGGUGUGUAUGCUGGCUCCAUCACCCCACAAAAUGGACUCGCUUCGGGCAUCCUGUCCCCCUCCCAUGACGUCCCUUCCAGGCACCACCCUCUGGAGGUCACCACUGGUUCCCACCACCACCUGUCUCCCCUACCCACAGCUGAGAGCACCAGGGAUGGCCUGGGGCCUGGCCUCCUCUCACCCAUGGUCAGCCCGCUGAAGGGGCUCGGUCCCCCACCUCUGCCGACGUCCUCCCAGAGUCAGUCUCCAGGGGGACAGUCAUUCUCUGCACUCCCCAGCAAGCCGACCUACCCACCCUUCCAAAGCCCACCGCCACCUCUGCCCAGCCCCCAAGGCUACCAAGGCAGUUUCCACUCCGUCCAGAAUUGCUUUCCCUAUGGCGACUGCUACCGGACCACUGAGCCAGCAGCCUCCAGGGACGGACUAGUGGGUGAUGCCCAUGGCUUCAACCCCUUGCGACCCAACGCCUACUCCAGCCUCGGCGCACCGUUGCCUGCCCCAGGCUACGAGGCCCUGGCAGAAACCCCGUGUCCUGCACUGCAACCACAGCCGUCUGAAGACCUGGUAUCCAGCGGUCCCGAGGACUGUGGCUUCUUCCCCAACGGGGCCUUUGACCACUGCCUGAGUCACAUCCCCCCCAUCUACACAGACACCUGAAGGAGGCCCGCUGCACCUGCCUGGCUGGCUCCUGACACUACUUCACCUGCUUGCCAUGGGCCCUGGUGCUUGCCACAAGGGGCAGCGAGGCCGCACCGCAGGGGAAGCUCCCCUCCUCGGAGGGCUGUCUGGCCUCAGAGCUGCCUGCCAGGAACUGUGGCCCUGUGACAGUGUCUUGGCUUUUUCCCCCUCUCUCCUCCUAAGGUUCUCAAAUCACGGACCUCGUGUAUAUACAAUGUACAGGACCUCUUUUCCACCUCCUAUGAGUUUUAUAUUUUUGG